AUGAAGCGGCCUCCGCCUGUCAUCAUCAUCGAGCCAGGCGAGGAAGAUGAGUCAGAGGCAGAUCUCUCCGGCUUCACAGCCUCGCAUGCGAACCUUACGUCCUCGCUCUCAACCGAGUCAGACGACACUCGCACAGAGACAGACAACGAAGACGAAGACGAGAGCGAGGCUUUCUAUGACUUUGAGGUCGCAAGAGAAGGGAGUGUAGCCGCCUCAUCAACAACAAGACGACACUCCACGGGAGAUCUAGAGCUCGGCUGGACAAGCCCAAGCGAGGGCGCAAACAUACUCCACGAGCAGACAGAGCUGGCUUCACUCUUGUCGGGCACCGCGAUAGACGAUAGCGAUAAUGAGGAAGAGGAUGCAGCCGUGACUGCAGUAUCGCCCGUGCUCAGUUCGCCCAGGAAGCGACGAGCCUCUGUCGCUUCUUCGGUACCUUCGAGCAUCCACGAGCAGGGCCUCUUCCCGCAUCUCCGUGUAGCCGCUGCUCGACGCUUCCCGCGCGCGUCUAAAGCGCUCCACAAAAUCAACCUACAUAGAUUCUUAGAUGAUACGUCGCCAGCUCCACAUACCUUUCAUGAGGGUAUGACUCGCUCGAUCGCUCCUCCCAAUCAUAGAGAGAAUACUGCUUUGCACGCGAUCAAGGAUAGUCUGUCGUUGCCACAUUUGCCGAGUAUGCCUGAAUGGCCUUUUACUGCUUCCCUAUCGCUGCCGACUGCUAUACGAUCCUUCACAUUUGGAUCCAGUUCACUGAGCGCUGCUGUACCGCCUGUCGACAGUAGCUUGUAUCCGCAGGUCCCUUCACCAUCUGGCGCGACAUUUGCUCGUAACGGCCAAUCAGCCUCGGAUCUACAGCUCGAUACGCUUUCACAGGACGCCUUCUCGGACUUGAGAGGGCCGGUCUUGCUCAUGGGCGGCUACCGAGGCAGCGUCUUGCGCUCGACAGCUACCGGUCAGCGCUUAUGGGUGCCUCUCAAGGUUGGCAUCGGACUGCGCAAACCAGAUCUCUCGAUUGGUCUGUCGGAAGCAGACGAAGACGCAACGACAGAGUUUGUCCGACCCGACAAGAUGGUCACCGCCGUCGCUGGCUGGAUAGAUCUCGGCCGGAGAUUGAAGGACCGACUGCGCGAACUGAAUAAAAAAGGCCAGAUCCAGUUUGUCAACUGGGGUUACGACUGGCGAAGGUCACUGCAUAAAUCCUCCGCGUUGCUGUUGGAAGAGCUCAAGAGACUCAAAGAGGAAUCACCUGAAGGUCUUGGCACCAUGGUCCUGGCUCACUCGAUGGGCGGUCUCGUUGCUCUGCAUGCGCUCAGCAGAACAGAUGAUCCAUCACUCUUUAGAGGGAUCGUCUUCGCAGGUACGCCAUGGGGUCCGACGGUCAACGCGCUCGGCCCUCUCCGACACGGCGACGGUGUGCUCUUCAACAAGGAGAUUUGCAGUCCUUCUGUGGCCUUUUCCAUGCGAAGCACCUUCUAUUUCUUGCCUGGAAAUGGCGACUGCUUUGAGGAUGAGCACGGCAAUGCCCUGCCCGUUGAUUUCUUCAAUCCGCAAGACUGGUCUCGGUACGGAUUGUCGCCCAUGACGGAAGGCAUAUACGAUCGGCAAGAUGCAGAGCAGCAUGAGAAAAGGAUGGACAAAAAGGAAGAGGCACAGACUGCGGAUGUCGAUAGCCUUGUACCGGUCUCCGGACCAGACCUCAAGCCUUCAGCGUCACUUGCUUCUGGCUCAACAAGCCCUUCGAUUUCUAUAGACUCGAGCAGACGGCCAUCCGGCAACUCUCGUAUCUCAUCUGCUACCUCGCCAUUCAGAAGAGCUGCAGGUAUGGUCGACCCUCGUGCCCGGCUCAGGAAGGAGAACAGCAGCAAUGAUCUCACCAAGGAAGGUCCGCCAGCCCCGCCAGACGCUGUCAUCAAAGACUAUCUCGAGCGGACGCUUGCAAAUGUGCAACAAUUCAGACGAGAGCUCGAGGAACCAUUCGAUCCUAAGAAAGCAUAUCCGCCUAUUGCAUUGCUCGUCUCGAACAAGACUGCCACGGUGCGGGGCGUCAUUGUCGACGGGGAAGAGGACAUCCGUUCUGGCAAUUUUACAAGACUGCUCUUCGGCGCUGGCGAUGGCAUCGUCCUCCAUAGCAGCAGUCAAACAAAGGCCAUGCCCGGCCAAUGGGCUUCACUCGUCAAAGCAGAAGUAAGAACUCAUCAUGGCCACGUGAGCCUACUGGGCGAUCUGAGAUCCGUCUCGGACGCGCUGGAUGCAAUAGAAGGCAAAAAAAGAGAGAGGAGACCGAGCAGACACUUUCACGGUUCACGAAGACGCUUGCACUUGUCAAGCACGAAUCUGUUCAAAGACUGUUAUUGCUGUCCAGACGAGGAAGAGAGGCGAAAAAGGGAGAGACCUUUUGUGUUGUGCACCAAGCUUGAACGACCAUACCCUACGCAAGACCUGUCUGCACGCAUUUCUGCCUCUUUCAGCCCUUACCAGCACUUUUCCUUCGUCAGCCUCUCGACUCGAACGGACUCGGUCUCGACCGGAGCAGGAGCCCAGCCUCGCUGUCACCCUCGCUUCCCUCUCUUGCACCGUCUGACUGGCACGGUACUUCCGUUCGUCCACGUCUCACAACGCCGAACGGGCUGUCAUCAGACCUCCGUUGGCUCGCUCGCUCGCUCGUCCGCCCUGCACGUCGACCGUCGCACCACAAUCGCCCAAGAUCAGAAGCUAGGCUAG